UCCUAUAACUCUACACACAAAUCUGUUUGGGUUUUUCUGCACCAAUUUACUUAUUUUAACAAGGGUUUAAUUCUUUCAAGCUUAUAAACCAUGAAGGUUCAUCCAGUAACAAGUAACGUUUUGUCUCCGGCGAACGGCUCAGUUUGCCGGAAAAAGAAGCUCCGGAGACUACCUCAUAUUUUUGCCAAGGUUCUAGAACUUCCCUUUCAUUCCGAUUCUGAUGUUUCAAUCCACGAAACGCCCGAUUCGUUGCGAUUCGUCAUCCCAACUGAUGAUAUCGGCGAUAAUAUUAGGGCUCACAUAGUUGAGAUCUAUCCGGGUGUUACUAAGAUUGUUAUCCGAGCUGAUAACGUUUUUGAUUCGUCUUUGUCUGGAUUGGACCUCGACUUGUGGCGGUUUCGGCUUCCCGCGGCAACUGUGCCGGAACUGGCUAGUGCCCGUUUUAGUGACGGUGAGUUGGUGGUCACGGUGCCCAAAGGGGCGGAUGACGACGGUGAUAUCGUCGGAGCAGGUCGUUUUGUUCUUGUACUAUAAUCCUCUUUUGUCUCACUCGAUUGUUUUUCAAGUUUUAAUUUUUUUUAUUUGCUUUAGUUAAUUGUGGCUCGUCCUGUCAAUGGGAUAUAAUUUGAACUAUCUAAUGUUUGAAUUGAAUGUUCGUAUCGCAUAAGCUUCUCUUUAGAUGUAUGUAUAUAUGAUCAUAGUUUUUGGGGGGUUUCAA